AGAAACUUCUCACAGAACAACCAACUUGACUCCUGACACCAUGGCCUGCUGUGCUACUAGCUUCUGUGGCUUUCCUACUUGCUCCACUGGAGGCACCUGUGGCUCUAACUGCUGUCAGCCCAGCUGCACCCAGUCCAGCUGCUGUCAGCCCAGCUGUACCCAGACCAGCUGCUGUCAGCCCAGCUGCACCCAGUCCAGCUGCUGUCAGCCCAGCUGCACCCAGUCCAGCUGUUGUCAACCCAGCUGCUGUCAGACCAGCUGCUGUCAGCCCAGCUGCACCCAGUCCAGCUGCUGUCAGACCAGCUGCUGCCAGCCCAGCUGCUGUCAGACCAGCAGCUGCCAGCCCAGCUGCUGUGGCACUGGCAGUGGCCAGGAGGGUGGCAGUGGAGCCGUGAGCUGCCGUGUGAGGUGGUGCCGCCCUGACUGCCGCGUGGAGGGCACCUGCCUGCCCCCUUGCUGUGUGGUGAGCUGUACACCCCCAACCUGCUGCCAGCUGCACCACGCCCAGGCUUCCUGCUGCCGUCCAUCCUACUGUGGACAGUCCUGCUGCCGCCCAGCCUGCUGCUGCCACUGUUGUGAGCCCAGCUGCUCUAAGCCCAGCUGCUCCGAGCCCAGCUGUUAAGAGCCACGUUCCUGAGUAGUUAAAAAUGCAAUGGAAAGCACUGAAGAAUUGUGUGGACUGCUAAGGACCUGUUCUGUGUGAUGGAUGCUAAGUAUCCUCAUGUUGCUAACCUGUUCGUCGUAGUGGAACUCUUCAUCAGGAUCCCCACAGACGUCCUGAAAUUAGUGCACUGAAACCUUGUCUCAAUCAGCUUGUUCCUGGGACCCUUCUUUGCUUAGGUGAUGCACAAAUAUGCAGCAGUACAUCAUUCCAGGGACAUGUGGACUUCCUUCUCUAGUUCUUGGUCCCUACAUAUCUUCUGCCAUGCUUUCUACUUGAAGAGACCCUGAUGCUCUCAAAAAAAGUGUUUUAUGCACAAGUGAAUAGAUUUCUGUCCAUCUUCUAAUUUUAAGCUGCCCAUCUAUAGAUGGUAGUAAUCUUCAGGCAUGGUCACAUAAUCUAAAGCAAAAUGGUUGUGUGAAAAUUAACUUAUGUUUGAAUUGUCUGCUAAUAAAAAUGUUCUGUGCA